CUGCCUGUUUGUGUGUUUUAUAAACAGAACUAAACAACGUUUGAAUGGCGGUGGCUCCUGCCUCGUUAGCAGAUAAGAUCAUAGUCCUCGAUGAUGACGGUGAAGAAGAAACAAGCCCUCGGCCUCAGCGUUCUGCUGCCGCCUCAUCCUCUGAGCAAAAAACCAAGCAUGUUUCACCGCUCAGACCUCAGACCUCAGCRCCCACCCACAUCACCAAGUCCCCGUUCGCCACCGCCAAGAAGGAGGUUCAUGUCCUCAAGUUAGAGAACGAGAAGUUAUUCAGCGAGUUUGUGGAGCACUGCACUCCUCUCACUAAGGACUGCCCCGAGGUUUUAACCUACCUUCAAGCGAAGCACGCCAAGGCCUCUCCUGAUUUUCUGUCCUCCGUCGAGUUCAGGAACAGUCUGGGACGAUGUCUGACUCGCGCUCAGGCCAACCUCACCAAAACGUUUGUCUACAUCAAUGAUCUCUGCACGGUCCUCCGGCAGCACACUGUCAAAAAGAGGCAGGCCCUCACCAAGGUUGAGCCGCCUGCAGAUAAAUCAGGUACACGUCCAUCUACCUCGGUUUCACUCAAGUUCAAAGACAAAACUAAGGGAAAGACGGAGGAAGAGGAAGAUAAGUCUGCGGUAGAGGAAGAAUCUACCACCUCAGAGGUCCAGGAAAAACCUAAAGAGGAGGAUCCAGAGGCUGAGAGGAAAGCUAAGAGAGCUUUAAGGAAACAGAUUGCAUACCUGGAGAACCUCCUGAAGGUUUACAACGAUGAGAUCUACCGCCUGCAGCAGGCGGAGCUGAGUUUAGACGACAUGGAGACGGAAGACUCGACGUACAUCCAGGAGCACAAACUCAAACGGAAGAUGAUGAAGAUUUAUGAGAAAUUAUGUGAACUAAAAGGCUGCAACACACUAACAGGUCGAGUUAUUGAGCAGAGGAUCAAAUACUCUGGUACCCGCUACCCUGAACUCAACAAGAAGAUCGAGCGUUACAUCAACAGCCCCGAGGCCCACAGGAACCCCCCGGACUACCCGGACAUCCUGCAGCAGGUGCAGCGCGCCAACGAGCGCUACAACCUGGGUCUGAGCCGGAAACAGCUGCACCUGAUCGCUCAGGACGCCUUCAGGGAGACCGGGAGCCACCUGCAGGAGCGGCGCCACCUCGACCUGGUUUACAACUUCGGCUCCCGCCUCACUGACGCCUACAAACCCUCUGAGGACCCGGCUCUGUCUGACCACUCCCUGCUAAAGAGGCUGAGGUCCAACAGAGAGGUGGGCUUGUCUCGUCUGGAGGAGGUCAUCACUAAAUACGCCGUCAGACAAGACGACACGGAGGUGCAGGACCAACUCAAGAGACUGGAGAAAGACGGCAAAGACAAGGAGGGCCAUAAAUCAAAAGAGGAACCCCAGACGAGUCAGGCAAACGGCGUGGCAGAGGAGGAAGAGGAAGACGAGGAUGAGGAUGAUGAGUCAUCAGACCCUGACAUCGAGGAGGAGCUCCAGGCCAGCACUCAGCAGGAUGCAGCAGAUGAAGAGGAGAACGAGGAAGAGGAGAACGAGGAAGAGGAGAACGAGGCGGAGCAGCCAUGUGAGAGCGACAACAAGGAGGAUCAGACUUACAAUCAGACAGGAAGUGCUUCUGCAGAUGCCGAGGAGAAAGACGAGGAGCCCCUCACAACAGGAAGUCCGUCCUCUGAUGAGACCCAGGUCUACCCCAUGUCMAACAACCCGUCCACCGGGGACAGCCCCGCCCAGUCAGAGCCCGCGCAGGCUGACGAGCAGCAGGCGUUAACGAACGGCAGCCCGGUGGUGCCGCAGGAGCCURAGGGCUCCACCAAUCAGCUCUCAGUUGUUCUGCUAAAGGUCAACCAGGUGAUGAAAGACCSUACAGGUGACCCCCCAGCAGCAGAAACCAAUGGGGACUCCUCAGUUUCAGCUGAGCAGAAGACAGUAAGCGUGGGUCAGUGUGAAACUCAGACCACCAACGGGACGUCGCCACCGCCGAGCCCGAGAAGAACCAGGAGCAGGAAGAGGAAGAGAGACGAGAUGAUGUCAGAGGAAGCUAGAAGUGUCAAACAGACCAUCAGCUACGACAGUGAUGCAGAUAUCCCUCUGGACAUGGGCGUCAUCAGCUGCAGCUCUCCUCAGGAGGCAGAACCGGGCCGAGCCAGCACUCCAACUCAGAGCGGGUUCUACAUCUCCCUGAGCACACCGCCGCCCAAGAAGAACAAGGUGAACGUGGCGACUCAGUACGACCCAGAUGAGAUCAUCGUCCUCUCAGACUCAGAAUAACGUUGAAUUUUUAAAAACUUUUCCACUGCACCUCCUGAAGAUGUGCUUCGGAUCAUCUCAGCUGUUUUGUGAGAAGUUUUCCUGCUCGUCUGAACUCUGCAGAAGCUCCGGCUCGUCGAGGCGUUUUGACUCCAUCAGCAGAGGAAACAGGAUGUUCGUAGCUCCAUUUAACACGUUGCCAAACAAAAGCCAAGACUUUUCACAUUUUCAGGACAUCUUUUCUGAACAUUUGUGGGACACAUGUGGGUUUAGUUUGUUUUUAUCUUCAGGUCACAGCAGCAGCCUGAUGCUUCGGGUGUUUGGACUUUCAGUUUCUGAGAAAACGAUCCCCUGCCUAUGGAUUCCUGCAGACACUCGUUUGUUUACAUGAACUGAGAAAAGGGGCUCUGGGUCUGCACCUUUUCUAUUUAUGCUGUUAUUGUUUUUGUUUGUUUCUGAGUGAGUGAACCAUGAGGUGUAAUAUCAACUGCAGCUGUGAUAAUUAGUAAAAAUGGACAAAUGAAAAACAGAUUUUUAAAGUUUUAUAUAAAUGUAGCUGCCAGUUUCCAGAAAACUGCUUUGUUUUUCUCUAGUCAACUUGCAACUUGUUUUUUCUCCUUUUCAAUCAACUUCUUUCGUUUUUCUUUAUGGAUUUCUUUCUCUUUAUAUAAUUAGAUGUCUGAAGUCAGAUGAAAACACAGUGAGUCASGAUUAUUCAGCUUUUUUGUUUCUAGAAAACUAAAGGUAAAUAAAGUUUUGUUUUGGACAAARCCUCUGCCUGUGAACGUAGCCCACACUGCCACUUCUGACUUUAUUCAUUAUAAAAUGUUUUCUUUGAGAAUAUUUACACAGCUAAAAAAUAAAACUACCGGAUGACAGAGCGAUUACCUGAAACUAAAAUUUAUUUUGUAUUUUUAUUUGAAUGCCUUUUAGCAGAAACUAAUCUGCAGAAAUAAACCUUUUUGUUUGUAGUUUGAACUGAAAAUCAGAUUAAAGACAUUUGAUAUAAAUAACUUGAGUUUUAUCUUUACAUUUAGCCACAGAACAAACAAGAUGUUUCUAACACUUUUAAUUAUGACUAAAUUAAUUUUCAUUGAGUUAUAAUAUUAGUUCAUCCUGCUGUCAUAGAUCACUACCACAUAAAUAAUCUCUACAAACUUAAAAAAAAAUUAAUCUUGCUGCAAAAACGUCUUAACCUGUUGAUCAAAUCUGAAAAAAGUAAAAAAGUCAGUUGUAUUUUGACAGAAAACCUGGUUUAUUUUUUAUAUUUGGUGCUGUUUGAUGUGAAUCUGUUACAUUUCUAAAUCUUAAAGGAAAAUCUGACUCGUUUCAUGCAACUAUUCAAUAAUGUUGCUUUUCUCUUUAAAUGUGGAUGAAUGAGGGGCUUCGUUUAAGACUUUGAGCUGUGUGUGUGUGUAAACUGAUGAGUGGUCUGUUUUCAGGUGUUUUCACAUGUUUACCCCUCUAAAUACCCCCUCCCUCCUGAAUGUUAUGUUUGUAAUAUUUUACUUCACAGCUGAGAUAAUUGAGGAUUUCAGACGAUUGUUACUUCAAUCUGUCCUCGUUUCUGCAGAGCAAUCCAUCUUUCACUGUGAUUUUCUUUGUUUUUUCUUUUGAUAUUAGAAUAAAUGAUGAAUUUUGUUAUAAAAA